AUGCAUGGGAUUAUUGAGGCUCUUUGGGAUAGACAGAUCCAAGAUACGAGUCAUCGUCUUCGCAAUGGGGAACCUGUCACAAGCCUACAACAUGCCGCCUACACAAGAUACUAUCUCAUUCAGCAAACCUAUUUGGCCCAUGAGCUUGGAAUACAAGACAGCGUCGAAGACGUGCGCUUCGUGUCGGACGUCGCCAAGCUGCUUCGAAGCAACCUCACACACCAGGAAGUGAUCUCAGUUGUCGAAGAGCGGCUCAACUUGGAAAAAGGCCAAGUGGCUGCACAACACUGCGAGGAAAUAGUAAGUUUCACUGCGCGGCUAUUGGUCAUGAUGAAUAUGGGGCGCUUCAUGAGCGAAGCACACCAACGACGGAAUAUCUUAUGGGGGUCAAGAUCGCUCAGGGACUGUGUGGACGAUUUCUUUUCUGAGACCCCUCAAAUGAGCUACGAGAGCGUUAAACUGCCUAAAGCCUUCAACGCAUGGAGUAUUGAGACAGUUGCUGGUAUAAAGGUCAGAUUAAUCGACAACCUCGCCGAUCAUCUGCUUCUUGUUGAAGAUGACACCACGGUGCUUAUCUUUCAUCACGCUUCCUUUCUGGAAUGUCAGCAUGCAAGCUCUAUUCUACCCAAAGGCCUCGCCGAAGAGACAUUGAGGACGCUCGCCCUGCUAUUUCCUCAAGCGGAGUUUUCCAGAGCGCGACGGGCUGACCGCAACAAAACAGCCUGGCUAAAGAAGCUUUAUGAAAGAUACGAGAAGAGCAACUGUCUCGUGGAUGGAAGGCUGACCAGGUGUGGGAAUCUGACUACUAGUGAUCGACAAGUGCAGAAUUUCAGAUUCUGGAGAGAUCGGCUGGUGGUUCUCAAGCAGGCUUAUGAUGAGGCGACUCCUACUACACUUACCCAAUGGUGGCAUGAUCGUCGGAACGGGGUGCAGUGGUACACAUUCUGGGUUGCGGUUCUGGUCCUGGGACUCACUAUUUUCUUCGGGCUCGUACAGUCCAUUGAGGGAGCGCUUCAGGUUUACAAAGCUUAUAAUCCUUGA